GCACGGAAGGUCCCCCUUCCUCCUCUCGAACACUCCCCCCCCCCCCCAACCCACCCACCCACACACCCCUCCCUCCCUCUCUCUACAGGGGAGUGGCGCCGCGCCGGCCGACAAGCUGGUCUGAACAUCGUUAAGUACAGUAUGUCGGAGAAACCAUCUGAUGCUGCAACCGGUGAUGUGAGGCCUGAAGGAAUUGUUUCUGAUGAGAAAGUGGAAGGUUCUGACCAGAAUGAAAGAGAUGGUAUGCCUUCGCCACAACAAGAGGAAGCAGCGAUCAAGAAAAAGUACGGAGGAAUAAUGCCCAGAAAGACACCACUUAUUUCCAAGGACCAUGAGCGAGCAUACUUUGAUUCUGCUGAUUGGGCUUUGGGCAAGCAAGGAGGAAAUCCUCAAAAACCUAAAGGACCGCUCGAAGCACUUCGACCAAAAUUACAGCCUACUCAACAACAAACUCGUUCACGUCGAUUUCUUGGUGGAUAUGCUGAUAACGAAGAGAGUGUCAAUUCGCCUACUGAGGAUGUCAAUUCACCUACUGAGGAUGCAGGCCAGAACCAGGAUAACACUGAAGGCAAGGACAAGGAAUGAUGGGCGGUUCCAAGUUUUGUCUACGAUUUUCUGCUUAAAGCAAUAAGCACUCGGGUGCAUGUAAUGAUCAUGCCCCCGUGAGGUCGAGCUGAAUUUCGAAUUGUCAAAUGCCGUAUCUACUGUGUUAUGUUGUUUCAUUUAUGACGCCUAUCGCAAAUCACAAUUUGGGAUGGAAUCGAGGCGAUUCGUGGAUCGCGAUGCUGUGUUACCGUUUGAGCAAACAAAAUGAAGCAUGAGAAUACUGAAUACGAGACUGUUGUGGCGACAGUAUGAUCUUGUCUGAAACGAGUUGAAUUAAGCAGACAUUUUUCGUGUCC